AUGUCUAAAGAAUUCGACUUGGUCCUUCUAGGCCCGACAGGCUACACAGGCCAGUACACAGCAGAAAACAUCUACAAAGGCUUCCCAACCACACUGAAAUGGGCCGUCGCAGGUCGCUCAGCUUCGAAAAUCGAAAGUCUUGUACAGAAAUGGAGGCAGUUGGGUUAUGACCGACCGGAUCCAGAAAUUCUGAUUGUCCAAAUGAACUUGGAUAAUCUCCAUGCUCUCGCAAAACGGACGCGUCUGAUUAUCAACUGCGUUGGUCCGUAUCAUUUGUAUUCGACGCCUGUUGUCGACGCUUGUGCUGAGAAUGGCACCCAUUACGUUGAUGUCACGGGUGAAACACCGUGGGUGAGAAAGGUGUUGCAUCAAUACCAUGAAAUUGCCGCGAAGAAUGGGGCUAUUAUUAUUCCAUCUUGCGGCUUUGAAAGCGUACCACCCGACGUCGUGGCCUGGUACGCUGUGAACCAUCUACGCACACAGCUCUCUGCCGAACCUACAGAAGCUGUAGGUUGUAUAUACGACAUCAAGGCUGCCGGCGCAAGUGGCGGUACCUCCUACACCGUCAUCAGCACGCUCGAAAGCGCCGACAUCUCCGACCUCGUCAAAUCCAUGGACAGUUACUGUCUCGCCGCCUCCCCAAUCCCGUCCACACGCACUACACCACGCAAAUCCAUCAUCGAAACAAUCUUCGGUAUCCGCUCAGUCUCUGAUCUGGGAACACUCACCUCCUCUCCUUCCGGAAUGGUAGACGAAACUACCGUCAUACGCAGCAGCACGCUCAUGUCCAAUCUCUACGGGCCAAAUUUUUCGUAUCGCGAAUACUUUCGCGUGCGCAACGUUCUGCUAGGAGCUGUUUUUCAUUUCGUACUGACUAUUGGCGUCACUCUCCUCGUGUUUGCGCCGUUUCGCUGGAUUGCGAAACGAUUUGUCCCUGCACCUGGUCACGGACCGUCAAAGGAGGAGACCGUGAAUGAUUACUCCGAGCAUCGGGUUCUGGUCUCUAGUAACCAAAAAGACUCGACAACCGGAAAAAUGAAGAAAGUGCUAGGUAGUAUUGCGUACAGAGGUGAUCUGUACGGAUUAACCGGUAUCACGGUUUCUGCUGCGGCAAAGAUUGUUCUGGAACACGAGAAGGAGAUUAAAAAUAUAUCAGCUGGGUUUGUGACGCCGGCGACGUUGGGGCAGGCGUAUGUUGAUGAGUUGGAGAGGGGAGGGUUCAACUUUGAUGUGAAGGUUUUGAAUUAG